ACCCUGCUACUAAUAAAGAUGUUCACUUCUUAAAAUAUCCUAUAUACGUAGGUGGAAAUAGGGGAAGGGGUCAGAUUUAUCCUGAUGGUAGCAAAAGUAACAAUACAGUUUAUAAUGCUACGGCAGGAGGGAUAAUAAGCAAAAUUGUACGAAAAGAAAAAGGGGGAUACGAAAUAACCAUAGUGGAUGCAUCGAAUGAACGCCAAGUAAUUGAUAUUAUCCCUCGAGGCCUAGAACUUCUUGUUUCAGAGGGCGAAUCCAUUAAACUCGAUCAACCAUUAACGAGUAAUCCUAAU